AUGGAUUACUCCUACCUCAACUCCUACGACUCUUGUGUGGCCGCCAUGGAGUCCGCCUACGGCGACUUCAGCCCCUGCGGCCAGGCGGGCGCCUUCCAGUACAGUCCCCUGGGGCGGCCGGCCUUCAGCGCAGCAGCCGCGGCAGGACCCGCCUGCCCUGGCCUUGCCUCACCUCCCUGCGGCCUGGGCGCCUUGCGGGAUCACCAGCCCGCGCCCUACUCCACAGUGCCGUACAAGUUUUUCUCCGACCCGUCGGGGCUAAGUGAAAAACGCAAGCAGCGUCGAAUCCGUACGACCUUCACCAGCUCGCAGCUCAAGGAACUGGAGCGGGUGUUUGCGGAGACCCAUUACCCGGAUAUCUACACGCGGGAGGAGCUGGCGCUCAAGAUCGACCUCACGGAGGCUCGAGUGCAGGUCUGGUUCCAGAAUCGCAGGGCCAAGUUUCGGAAGCAGGAGCGGGCAGCCAGUGCCAAGGGUGCCGGGGGAGGAGCAGGUCCUCCGGGCACCAAGAAGGGGGAGGCCAGAUCCUCCUCGGAGGAUGACGAGUCAAAGGAGUCCAACUGCAGCCCGACACCAGACAGCACGGCCUCCCUGCCCGGCCCUGGUGGCCUUGCCAGCCCAAGCCCUAGCCUCAGCCUCAGUCUCAGCCCCAGUCCUGGCCUGCCCCCAGCCCCAGCCCCUGCCCCUCUCAAAGGGCCCCUGUGGGCUGGCGGGCCAGGGGGAGGAGGAGGUGGCCCUGGGGCCCCUAGCCCUGCUGAGCUGCUCAAGGCCUGGCAGCCUGCAGAGCCUGGGCCAGGGCCCUUCUCUGGCGUCCUCUCCUCCUUCCACAGGAAAGCCCCAACCUCUGCCUCAGCCACUGCUGCCCUCAAAGCCAACCUCUUCUAA